AUGAACCUCGCUCGUCUGACGGACGGCCCUACAGCCUGGCGCAUAUAUCCAGAUAAGAAGUUCACUUACGUCCAACACUACAACGUGUACUGUAUUCAAGUGUUCAACAUAACGCAGAGCCGAUAUCUCCAACUCGACGUCGCGACCCCCUUUCAAGUGAACCCGGAGGACAACCUGGAUCUCUCCGCUGCCCUCGCGCAGUCCUCCGUAUUUGUCAACGCUCGAGGGGUGUGGAUAGCCGCGGAGGCCGAGCGUCUGUUGAGGACUCCAUCGCCCGACACCCUCCUACCCCGCAUGUCCCAACUCGAGUCUCUCAUUGUAUGCAGGGACUGGAGCCGGAAGGCAAAUCUCCGCGAGCGGAAGACGCUCAAAGCGCUUGAGGCGCCGGGAGAUACAGCGUCUGAGGACCUCGCGUGUCCACGGCUGAGCACGCUCCGCGUGGACUGCCUGACGGACGAGGACGCGGUGUAUAUGCUACAACUCGCCUUCUCGCGCGCGGCCGCGGGUCAUCCGCUCACUCGAGUUAUCCUCGGCCGUGGCAUCCAAACCAUGUCCGCGUUGGGCAUGUUGCACCAGUACGACGGAGCAGGAGAUGUGGUCAGGACGGGGGACGUGCGGUCAGAUGGUCUAUGGGACCAUUGGAUGUCGCAGCUCUCGCCGGUCUGCCUAGACGAGUCUGAAGACUGCGCACCGUACUGGAGAUCGUGGAGGUGGGAUCCGUGGGGAAAGACUCGAUGACAGGGGAGACCUGAGUGUAUGCAUUGCGGAAGCGAAGGCUAUGAAGAGUGAUAUGUCCGCGUACUGCCGCCCUGGACAGGCAUUAGAAGUGUUCAGCGUCG